ACUGGUUGACGCGAGUUGACUGAGAUGAGAAAUCACCAUUUAGCUUGAUGCUAACUGCCUGGAGCCGACCACCGAGCUGUUAUGAGAAGAAUAAGGAUUGUUUUGAGUAUUUAUUUAUUUGAGUAGGUGCGACGAUGGCCCAAUGACACCAAGAAUGGACAUAAGUUAAGGAUGACGGGGGAGAAGAAGAAGAAAAAGCGGCUAAACCGCAGCAUUCUUCUAGCAAAGAAAAUUAUUAUAAAAGAUGGAGGAAGUCCGCAGGGGAUUGGUGAGCCCAGCGUUUACCAUGCUGUGGUGGUCAUCUUCCUGGAGUUUUUUGCAUGGGGUCUUCUUACCACCCCAAUGCUCACGGUUUUACACCAAACAUUCCCCCAGCACACAUUCCUGAUGAACGGGCUCAUCCAUGGAGUCAAGGGCCUGCUCUCGUUCCUCAGCGCUCCUCUCAUUGGGGCACUGUCUGAUGUUUGGGGGCGAAAGUCUUUUCUGCUGCUAACGGUGUUUUUCACCUGUGCGCCCAUCCCACUCAUGAAGAUCAGCCCCUGGUGGUACUUUGCUGUCAUCUCCAUGUCUGGUGUAUUCGCAGUCACUUUCUCUGUCAUUUUUGCCUAUGUGGCCGACAUCACACAGGAGCACGAGAGAAGCACAGCAUAUGGGCUGGUGUCUGCGACGUUCGCAGGCAGCCUGGUGACAAGCCCUGCUAUUGGGGCCUACCUCUCGGAGACCUACGGGGACACUCUGGUGGUGAUUUUAGCCACAGCCAUCGCGCUGCUCGACAUCUGCUUCAUCCUGGUGGCCGUCCCCGAGUCACUGCCUGAGAAGAUGAGGCCGGCCUCAUGGGGAGCACCCAUCUCCUGGGAGCAGGCGGACCCUUUCGCUUCUCUGCGUAAAGUGGGCCAGGACUCGACGGUGCUGCUCAUCUGUAUCACAGUGUUUCUGUCCUACCUCCCUGAAGCUGGACAGUACUCCAGCUUCUUCCUCUAUCUCAAACAGGUCAUACGUUUCUCAUCUGAGACUGUGGCUGCCUUUAUAGCUGUGGUGGGGAUCCUCUCCAUAUUAGCACAGACCGUGGUGUUGGGGAUCCUGAUGCGUUCAAUAGGAAAUAAAAACACAAUUCUUUUAGGCCUUGGGUUCCAGAUCCUGCAGCUGGCCUGGUACGGCUUCGGCUCUCAGCCCUGGAUGAUGUGGGCGGCCGGGGCAGUCGCAGCCAUGUCCAGUAUCACGUUCCCGGCCAUCAGCGCCAUUGUCUCCCGCAACGCUGACCCCGACCAGCAAGGUGUGGUGCAGGGGAUGAUCACAGGAAUCCGAGGCCUGUGUAAUGGUUUGGGUCCUGCGCUGUACGGUUUUGUGUUUUACCUAUUCCACGUGGAGCUCACAGACACCGACGGCUCCGAGAAAGGUGCCAAGCCCAACAUGGCCAACCCCACUGACGAGAGUGCCAUAAUUCCUGGCCCUCCAUUCCUGUUUGGGGCCUGCUCUGUGCUGCUCUCCCUCCUGGUGGCGUUGUUCAUCCCGGAGCACACUGGACCAGGCAUGAGACCCGGCGCCUACAAGAAGCACAGCAACGGAGCCCAAAGCCACUCCCACAGCCCUCAAGGGAGCGGUGCGGAGGGCAAAGAACCACUGCUCGAGGACAGUAGUGUAUAACCCCAACCACAGGGGGCGCUCUAGUCAAUGCCCCACCCCUGCAUAAACAAGGCUGCAUACAGACUCUAGUGAGGAGGGAGGCAGCCUGUUUAGAAGUAGAGUGAAGACUCUCUGAAGCCUGAAAUUGCGAAUUUUGGGUUGCAAAGUAAAGACUGAGCCAGACUCUAAUAGUUAUUUAAGAGUGGAGGGUUUAUGCUCCCUACUGGUGCGAACAGGGAUUGCAGCAGUUUGUGUGAGUGGGGUAAAGCAAUUGUUACUAAAUCCCAGUGUAUUUCUUCAUAAUCUUCUGUGGCGCCUGUGUCUAGUCAUUGGGAGUGUAACAAUUUGACGAUAUCUCAAUUCGAGUUCAUUGCGAUACAGAAAACCAAUGAGGUAAACCAGUUCAGGACCGGGUCUGGGUCUGGACCACAUUUUCUAUAAAUACAACACUUCUUUGUCUGAGGUGUGCUGAUGAGACCACUUUAAUAGACAGUUUUUCAAUGUUUACUUGCCAUUCUCUAGAUUAGUACAGUUGGGUUGUAUUAUAUUUUCUGUUCAAAACUGAAGACUUGUCGUGAUUCAAGUUUUUUAUUCGAGAUACAAUUGUUGCCUUGAAGUGACUUAAACAUUAAUUUGACAUGACCUGUAUGAAGACUGAGGUCUGAUGGCUCUAUAUCUAAGCUAUUGCUCCAGUGAGAGCGGUUAUAAGCAUAUGCCUUUUGUUCCAUACCAUUUAUCUGUUUAUUUAGGCUCAUAAAAUAGAGUUUAUUUGAAAAACCUCACUAUUUUGAGCUGAUCUGCUGCAAUUAGUGAAUCAGUUUAAUUUUAACGCACAGUUUUUCUGAAAAAUUGCACUUGCUGCCAUAGUACAGUUAAAUAUAAUGCAAUAUUUCCAUUGUUCAAAAAGAACCAUGGUGUAAAACUAGUAAUUUGCUAUUGAAUCUACCUAUCAAACUGUAUUCAGACAGAGUUGAUAUCACUUGGUGCAGUUCAGCAGUCUCUCCAGAAGGAGGAGGCCUCACAUUAAUACGGAUCCAUAAGUCCUCCACUUGCCCUGAAUGUGACCUAAAGUAGCAGUUCGAACCCAAAUCUUUAUCAAUAUUGACCAAAUGUGUAACCAAAACUACAGUUAGGACAAUAUACCUUAUCCUUAUGUAUCAACUUAUUGCUCAACCAACUCCCUACCCUUUUAAAUGGCUUGUAAAACGUGGUAUGUUUGAACUGACAUGCCUUCAACAUUGCUCAAUGUUUUUACUAAGUUCAUACAGGUACAAGUGGAGGCAGGAUAUUAUAAUCUUUGACAUUUGGUUUGUCGUAAUUCUGAUUUCCAAAAUGCCUCAAGUGCAUUGAACCACUACUACAACCCAACUAAGAAACUGUCCAUCAAGUCACGUUUAUUUUGGUGCCAAAUUUUAUUUUAAAAUUUUGUUUUUGUACUGUGUUUGUAUGUGUGUUUUGAGUGAGAUUUUCUCUCUGGUCUUACUUUCUUUGGCUACUUUUUAUAGCUUUUUAAUUUAAUUUACGGUCAUUUUGAAAUAUCUAUGACUAGACGGUUAACAAUCCAAAUGUCUAUUUUUCACAUUGAUUUAACAAGCAUUACUUUGUUACAGAUUAUAAACUCAAUUGGCCUGAAUAAGUUGCAAAAUAUACCAAAAUACAGUCAAUUUUUGCUCUAAUUUAAACUUGCCAUUAUUAUUAUUUAAAUGAGGGCACUGCUAAACAGGAGAUCCUUUUGUUCACCAUCUCUUGGACCAAUCCACAAGCAAAUUUGCUAAUAAUUUCUUUACCAUUUUUUACCAUUACAACUUAAACAAUGUACAAAACCAUCUAUACUUGCAAAUGUAUAUAAUUUAUGCUCCAAAUGGCCAGUUCUUGUGUCAGUUUGAGUGGGGCAGAUAUAUCUAUAUUUCUGAGGACUCUACCUGCUCUGGCCACUCCUGUUUUUAGUACGUGGUGGUGUGUGGCCUGGACCCCCUCUGUGUGCCUAAAAUUAGCCAAGAAGCGACACAUGGCAACAAAAGUGGUGGUUCUUAUUAUGUACAUAUGGGAAACUAAUGACAAACUAUUUAUUAAAGGUUUAUUGUACAAUGAAA